AUGCGAAGGUUGCAAGACGAAAUUCAAGCAAUCCAGGACGCGAGGGAGGAGGCAGAGGCCAGUCAAGAAAAACUCACCGCGGGACGGAACUUGGCGAUAUUGUUAAAAAGCUGGAUGGCAGGACCGGGAAGUCCGUUUGAAGCGACAGACUACAAAUGGCUGCAUGAGAUGACUGUACGGUGGGUACAAGAGGGAGAGCAGAAGAAGGCAAUAAGUGCCUACACUGACUUUACAGGAGCUGAAGAACUGAAGCCUUUUGCCGCUGAAG